AGUAAUUUUCCACAAAAACUAAUCACAAAGUCAAGCAAAUAAACACUAAACACAUUUAAUGUGUUGCAAACGUUCGUUUUAUAUGUUUUAGAAAAUCUAUAAAUGAAGCAGCCUUCAAUAUUCAAACCAUUCCAAUCUUAGCUUUUGCAAGGAAUGAAGAAGAUAACAAUGAUCAGUUCAUCCACCCUCUUCCAUCUCCUCCUCCUCUUGUCCCUCUUCUUCUCUUGGUUUCCAAAUGCAAAGCCUCAAGAAAUUGAGGAUGAGAAGGAGUUUAGCUACAUUCCUGGGAGUCCAAAUGGUCCUGAACGUUGGGGAGAGCUUCAUCCGGAGUGGGAGAAAUGUAGCAACGGCAUGAUGCAGUCUCCUAUUGAUUUGACUUAUCAGAGAGUUAGAUUGGAUCCAAGUUUGGGGAUGCUGAACAGGAAUUAUAAGGCCACUAAUGCAACACUGAAGAACCGUGGACAUGAUAUAAUGUUGGAAUGGGUGGGUGAUGCUGGUUUUUUGUCAAUCAAGGGAACAGUGUACUUUCUCAAGCAAGUUCAUUGGCAUUCUCCUUCCGAGCAUGCCAUCAAUGGCAUAAGGUAUGCUCUUGAGGCUCACAUGGUCCAUCAGAGCCAAGACCUAAAAAUAGCUGUUAUUGGUAUCAUCUACACAAUUGGUUCUCCUGACCAAUUCUUAAAGAAACUUGAAAAUAAUAUCAGACAACUUACAAACACCGGAGUUCUUCAAGUAAACGCAGGAGUUGUUGAUCCAAAACAUGUAAGGAUAGAAGGCAACCAAUAUUAUCGAUAUAUGGGUUCUUUAACUACUCCACCUUGCAGUGAAAAUGUUACAUGGACCAUCAUUAAGAAGAUUAAAACUGUUUCACAAGAGCAAGUGGACUUGUUGAGGGAGGCAGUGCAUGAUGAUGCGAUGAACAAUGCAAGACCACUGCAACCAAUCAAUGACCGUUACAUUAAGUUAUAUAAAUCCUUUUCUUCAAAACUUGAAGCCAUGUAAUAUGCUUCUUAUAGCGCACAUAUAUAUAUAUAUAUAUAUAUAUAUAUAUACUCUUGUAACACUGGUGAUGGCUAAAUAAAAAAAGAGUGAAUUAAUAAAGAGUGCUAAUAUUUCACAUAUAAUUGUACUCUAUAUUCCAGACCAUAAUGUGGCCGAAUUUUUCAUC